GGAUAUUGAACUCGAGUUGGAAGAGGCGAGUCCGGUCUCAAAAUGGAGGUAAAACCGCCGCCCGGUCGCCCCCAGCCCGACUCCGGCCGUCGCCGCCGCCGCCGGGGGGAGGAGGGUCAUGAUCCCAAGGAACCAGAGCAGUUGAGAAAGCUGUUCAUUGGUGGUCUGAGCUUUGAAACUACAGAUGACAGCUUAAGAGAACACUUUGAGAAAUGGGGCACACUUACAGAUUGUGUGGUGAUGAGAGACCCCCAAACAAAACGUUCCAGGGGCUUUGGUUUUGUGACUUACUCUUGUGUUGAAGAAGUGGAUGCAGCGAUGUGUGCUCGACCGCACAAGGUUGAUGGGCGUGUAGUGGAACCAAAGAGAGCUGUUUCUAGAGAGGAUUCUGUAAAGCCUGGUGCCCAUCUAACAGUGAAGAAAAUUUUUGUUGGUGGUAUUAAAGAAGAUACAGAAGAAUAUAAUUUGAGAGACUACUUUGAAAAGUAUGGCAAGAUUGAAACCAUAGAAGUUAUGGAAGACAGGCAGAGUGGGAAAAAGAGAGGAUUUGCUUUUGUAACUUUUGAUGAUCAUGAUACAGUUGAUAAAAUUGUUGUUCAGAAAUACCACACUAUUAAUGGGCAUAAUUGUGAAGUGAAAAAGGCCCUUUCUAAACAAGAGAUGCAAUCUGCUGGAUCACAAAGAGGUCGUGGAGGUGGAUCUGGCAACUUUAUGGGUCGUGGAGGAAACUUUGGAGGUGGUGGAGGUAACUUUGGCCGUGGUGGAAACUUUGGUGGAAGAGGAGGCUAUGGUGGUGGAGGUGGUGGCAGCAGAGGGAGCUAUGGAGGAGGCGAUGGUGGAUAUAAUGGAUUUGGAGGGGAUGGUGGCAACUAUGGCGGUGGUCCUGGUUAUAGUAGUAGAGGAGGUUACGGUGGUGGUGGACCAGGAGGAUAUGGAAACCAAGGUGGUGGAUAUGGUGGCGGUGGUGGAGGAUAUGAUGGUUACAAUGAAGGAGGAAAUUUUGGAGGUAACUAUGGUGGUGGUGGAAACUAUAAUGAUUUUGGAAAUUAUAGUGGACAACAGCAGUCAAAUUAUGGACCCAUGAAAGGGGGUAGUUUUGGUGGAAGAAGCUCGGGCAGUCCCUAUGGUGGUGGUUAUGGAUCUGGUGGUGGAAGUGGUGGAUAUGGUAGCAGAAGGUUCUAAAAACUCAGAAGAAAAGGGCUACAGUUCUUAGCAGGAGAGAGAGCGAGGAGUUGUCAGGAAAGCUGCAGGUUACUUUGAGACAGUCGUCCCAAAUGCGUUAGAGGAACUGUAAAAAUCUGCCACAGAAGGAACGAUGAUCCAUAGUCAGAAAAGUUACUGCAGCUUAAACAGGAAACCCUUCUUGUUCAGGACUGUCAUAGCCACAGUUUGCAAAAAGUGCA